CCCCGCCUCCCUCUCGCUCUGAAUGUAUAAAAACAGCACGAGCACAAUUUUGAAAAACAGCAUCGCUCUUGCGAUAAUACGACAGUUUGAUAGCAACGUUUCUGGGCGCUAAACAACACUUCACUAUGUCCGAUACAUUGGGUGAAAGUCUUUUAAAGAAUCUGAUCAAUUUGGGUUUAGAUGAAGCGUUUCCUCUAUCCCGUCCUUUUCCUCCGAAGAGCAUCAGCUCCGAACGGCUCACCGACGACUUCAUUGGCUGGUCCGGUGACACCUGGAGCGACAGAGCGCCCGGUAAACCACAGUAUUCCCUCAAACCGGACCGAUCCAUGAGUCUGACCGACAGCUGUCUGUCUACCUACAACAAACUGAAGCCCAAUGAUGUCCCUCCACCACCCGGAUUUCCUCCUCUGACAACCCUGCCAUCAACCCGGUACAAAACCGAACUGUGCCGUAGCUUUCAGGAGCACGGAAAUUGCAAAUACGGCACCAAGUGUCAGUUUGCCCACGGCGAGAACGAGCUGCGCGGUCUGUACCGUCACCCAAAAUACAAGACGCAGGCAUGUCGCACUUUCUACCAGUUUGGAUACUGUCCGUACGGAGCCCGCUGUCACUUCAUCCACGAGGACAAGAGCGGGUCCGGCGACCAGAACCCGCGUCUCCUUCGCCAAAGUGUCAGCUUCGCCGGUUUCUCCGGACCUCGCAGUACAUCACCUCCAUACGAUAUCCUGAACUUCACCCGUGCGCCGUCUGUCUCUCCCCCGCCCGCUGAUAUCUUAUCCCCGGUAUUCACUGACUCUUCCCGCGACAUGUUUUCUUUCAGCCGUUACAGUAGCGGAGAUAUCAACGGUGCGCCCUUCACGACCGAGCCUCAGUCUCGGUGCGUCUGUGGACACGGAGAUAACUUCCGAAACACUGGGAACGGCCUUCACGUGAAUGAAGACCGCAACAAAUCCUUCGUGGGGCCUGGCCUGCAGCGCUUUUCUUCGGAGGACUCGCUGUCAGACCGCGAGAGUUACAGCAGCACCGGCAGCUCGAGUGGAUCCGAGUCCCCAACCUUCGACGCGGCGACCGGGAAGCGCCUGUCCGUGUUUGCCCGGAUGUCCGUCUCUGACUAAAACUCUUUUAUUAUGAUUCCUGUCCGAUGCAAAUGAUUUAUUCGAGUCUUAAUACUGUUAAUUUAUUAUGUAUGUAUGUAUGUGCUAAAGGAGAUUAUUUUCAUACGAAGCUGCCCUCCAAAGCUAAGUAGGCCAUAUUGUUUUUAUAACGGUGUAUUAUUUUGUGUAUUUUUCUGUGUCUUCCUUUUCAACUCUGCUAGCAUUGGCAGAAAAGUGCCUUAAAAAAAUAUCAUAACCUAUGCUAGUGGCCUAAGCAGAGCUUAUGGCCACACCACCAUUUAAUAUCUAAUAUAAAUGGAAAGUAUCAACCAACAAUGUGAUAAACUUGAGAAAAUGACCUUACAUUCACUCACAAAGAAAUGCACUUUACAAAUCUAUAUUGGGAGAAUGUUUCCAUGUAGCAUCUUAACCAAAGCAUUAUAAUGUUAGGUACCUGUUUGUACAAGAAUCCUAAGAAACAAACUUUAAACUGUAUAUUUAUAUUGGACAAGACGUGUUAGGUUGUGUAAUGUUUUGACAACCCUGGUUGGGUCCUUUCUAAAGGAAGCUUGUCUUUCAUCAGGGACUGUAACAGUACAGUAUUUCUAUAGAUUAGAUUGCUUCGUUUGCAAUUUUUUUUAAUUGUAUAGACCUAACUAAUAUAUUUAUUAAGUAUUUAUUGAAGUUAUAACAAUGUAUUUUUUACUUAUUUAUCAACAUGUGUCAAGGUCUUAAAAGCAUUUAAGGUCGGCACAAACUGAAAACAAUUUCAGUUGACCAAAAUAAUGUAAUAAAUGCAAAUUGUGGAAAAACAA